UGGUUAUAGACAUCAACUAUAACUUUUAAUAUUUUCGAUCCCUAAAGUUUCAGUUAGAACCUUUAAAGACUAGAUGAGAUAACUAACAACUCCAUUAGAGCUGUAAGCAAAUUAGCAACCAUGGAUAUUCAGAAAGCUACCUUUACUAUCACUCCUCACCAUUUCCACCACCCAAUUCUUGUUUCCCCACAACAUAGACUGAUACAGCCAAGAAAAUUGCUAAAAAUAAGCCCACUUGUUUGUUCUUCUUCUCAUAAUAGUCAUCAUGUUGUAAAAGACCCAAUUUUGCAAGGAGGGAAUGAAUCUUUUGGGAAAAGUAAAGAGACCCAUUGCAAGAAUAUAAGAAAAAAGAGGGUGUUUUUCUUGGAUGUUAAUCCUAUUUGUUAUAAAGGAAGUAUCCCUUCUUUGCAAUCAUUUGCUCAUUGGAUUUCACUUUUCUUCUCUCAAGUUAGCCUCACUGAUCCUGUUAUUGCUGUCAUUGAUGGGGAAAGAGGUAAUGAGUAUAGAAGACAGCUGUUACCUUCUUAUAAAGCAAAAAGGAGGAAAUAUUGGCAGCAGUUUCCACAUGCAGGAAACUCUCAAAGGAAUACGAUUGAAAAGUCACAUAGACUCAUCUUGGAUAUUCUUCAAAACUGCAAUGUUCCUGGUAGUAUGCAGGUAGUUAAGAUUGAAUCACAUGAGGCAGAUGAUGUCAUAGCCACACUUGUAGAACAAGUUCUACAAAGGGGACACCGAGUCGUCGUUGCCUCUCCUGACAAAGACUUCAAACAGCUGAUAUCUGAUGAUGUUCAAAUUGUCAUGCCAGUACCAGAGUUCAAUAGAUGGUCCUUUUACACCCUAAAACACUAUGUGGCACAGUACAAUUGUGAUCCAAGGUCUGAUUUGAGCUUGAGUAAGUAUGUCUCACUCCUUUUAGGGUGCAUACUGGGUGAUGAGGUUGAUGGAGUUCCUGGAAUCCAGCAUGUUGUUCCUGGUUUUGGUCGAAAGACUGCUAUGAAGCUUUUGAAAAAGCAUGGCACACUGGAGAAUUUGCUUAGUGCUGCUGCAGUAAGAUCAGUGGGGAGGCAGUAUGCACAAGAUGCCCUUAUAAAGUACGCUGAUUAUUUGCGCAGAAAUUAUGAAGUUCUUUCUCUGAAGAGGGAUGUCAGUAUCCAUAUUGAGGAGCAAUGGCUUAAUGAGAGGGAUGUGCGUAAUGACUCACUAGUUUUAUCCAACUUCAUCACUUUGCUGAAAGAUAGUCGGAAUCUUAAUUCGCAGAGCAGAUCUCAUUCUAAGGGUUGAAAUUGCCAGAAGAAAGAAUUCUUUGCCACAUUGAAAAGAUUAUUUAUUUAGGCUAUAAAACCUGAAGAAGGAUGAUCUUGAUGCUUCAGCAGAACUAUCAAACUAAACAAAUAGAAGAUUACCAAAUUUUGCCAGAAGAUUUGACCAGAUGAACCGAGGCUGAAUUGGAAUAUCCAAAUUCACAGUGAGUAUAGACCUCUGUUUCAUGUUUGCAUGUUUGUCUGUUCAAUGAACAUUUUCUAAUUCAGUUUUCUUCAU